AUGACGCCCGAAGAGUUAGAUAGGAUCGGUCCAACCAAUGCGUUUGAAUGGGCCUUGUUCGUUUCGAAUCACCAUGACACCUACCCAUGCAUCACACCAACAGGAACCGAGCUUGCAGGCAAAUCCAUCUUUAUCACGGGCGCUUCAAAAGGAAUUGGUCGGGCAAUAGCCAUGCGCUGUGUAAAAGCCGGCAUCUCGAAGAUUGCAAUCGGAGCACGCUCAUCGCUUGAUGAAGUCGUGAAAGAGUUGAAAGCAGAAGCCACAAAGUCGAACCUCCCAGAGCCACAGAUUCUCACAUUAGAAGUUGACGUCACCUCAAAGGAGUCAGUGGAAGCUGCCGCCGAAGCAGUAAAUGCUUCCUUCGCAGGAAAACUGGAUAUUCUUGUGAAUAAUGCUGGAUAUUUACCAGACAUGACGCGCAUUGUGGAGUCCGACCCAGACGACUGGCUGAGAGGAUGGGACGUCAACAUCAAGGGCCCCUACCUAUGUUGCCACUUUUUCCUCCCCAUGAUAUUGAAAUCAGAAACAAAAACAAUCAUCAACAUGACAUCGAUAGGGGCUCACUUGCUCACGCAUGGAGGAUCUGCGUAUCAGAACGCACGGUUUGCUAUCUGCCGCAUUACAGAAACCCUUGCCCGUGAGCACAAAAAAGAAGGCUUAAUUGUGCUGGCUCUGCAUCCCGGGGCUAUCAGGACGGACAUGGCAGAAAAACUACAAGAUAUCUUCCCGGAUAUCUUUGUUGAUGUGCCAGAGCUUCCGGCGGAUACUAUUGUGUGGCUUGGAAAGGAACGACGUGAGUGGUUGAAUGCUCGGAUGAUUAGUGCAAACUGGGACAUGGAGGAGUUAGAGAUGAAGAAGGAUGAGAUUAUUGAAAGGGAUUUGUUCAAGUUCCGGAUUACUUUAUAG